AUGAGGGAUUUUCCAUCUUGUUUUGGUGAAAAUGGGGUUCAAGUUGCUGAUGCUUCUUGUUCAAGUGUAGGCGUGAGUAAAGCCUCUCAAAAUUUGGUUACUUGCGCAUACAAAUGUAAAUUGCUAGGUAAAUCUUAUUUGGUUAACAUUAUUUGGAGCAAGAAUUUGAUGGGUCAAUGCCUUAGUAUUGAAAUUGAAGAUCUAUAUCGUAAUUGCUUAUGCAAAUUUGAUGUGAAGCCAUCUUUGUUUACAAAAAGAAAGGGUUCAAAGUGUUUAGAGGUUUAUCCAUGUAAAAUUGAAGUGUUUUGGGAUCUUUCUUUAGCAAAAUUUGGAUCUGGGCCAGAGCCUGUGGAGGGUUAUUACAUAGCAAUUGUUUGUAAGAUGGAGAUGGUUUUGGUAAUUGGGGAUCUAAGGAAAGAAGCAUUGAAGAAAACUGGUUCAAUUCCUUCCUUUUCCAAUGCAAUACUUGUUUCCAGAAGAGAACAUAUUUUUGGAAAGAAAGUGUAUGUUACAAAGGCACAAUUCAGUGAUAAUGGAGAGGCUCAUGAUGUGAAAAUCGAGUGCGAUACAAGUGGAAGUAACGAUGCUUACCUUGUGAUCCGUAUUGAUACGAAACCAGUUAUGCAGGUGAAGAAUCUCAGGUGGAAAUUUAGGGGGAAUUACACAAUUUUGGUUGAUGGACUUCCUGUGGAAGUCUUUUGGGAUGUCCAUAAUUGGUUAUUUGGUCCGGGUUUAGGAAAUGCAGUUUUCAUGUUUCAAACUUGUGUGUCAGCCGAGAAGUUGUGGACGAGCCAAACGUUGUCUGAUCCAUCCGGAUUCUCUUUGAGCUGCCCGGAGAGUUUCACUGAAUCUAAGUUACCAGGUCCUGGUUUUUCUUUGUUCUUGUAUGCUUGGAAGAAUGAAUAA